UUUCCUAGGGUGGCACCUUCACUAUUUCCAAUCUGGGCAUGUAUGGCAUCAAGCAUUUUUCAGCUAUCAUUAACCCUCCUCAAGCCUGCAUUCUGGCUGUGGGUGGCUCAGAAAAGAGACUGCUGCCUGCAGACAACGAAAAAGGGUUUGAUGUGGCAAGCAUGAUGUCUGUGACUCUGAGCUGUGAUCACCGGGUGGUAGAUGGUGCUGUUGGCGCACAGUGGCUGGCCGAGUUCCGCAAGUUCCUGGAGAAACCGUUCACCAUGCUCCUGUGAGCAGGACGUUUAAAGGCUCCUGGCCCAAAAAAAAACAGUGGACUUUAAGAUUUGGAGAGGUCUCUCUCAUUGGUUAUAUGCUUGCCCUGGGAAUUAUAACAGGUGGUUCUCUCCCUCUUUUUUAUUUUCCUUAUCACUCACAUACUCCCUUUCAUAUACUGUAUUUUCAACAUUGCUUCCUAAAGCCUGAAGUAACCUCUCAACCCAAAGUCGUAAGUCAUUGUUAAGGUAAUUUUCUGUAGUUUCAGAGGAUAAUGCUGGAUAAUGCAAGGGUUUUCAUCUUCCUUCAGGAUAUUGUUACAAGCACCGUAAGUCUGUGCUUGCCAUUAGAUCAAAGAAUAAUGUCUGUGUCCAUGGCCAAGUCUCAUGGUCUGUACCUGCAAGCUUUGACUUGUUUCCAUGUAUCAAUGACACAUUUAUAGGCACAAUAUGAGUAUCCUUAAUGUACAAGAAAAAGAAGAAAAGAUCUGGAGAUGUGUGUGCCAAA